UGCUCUCUCAGUCACGUGGCCCUCCUCAGUGAAUACUUUGCUUCUUGCGGCUCCUCGGCAGUGCCAGCGAUGUGAGAUGCAACUCAGGGAGUCUCGCUCAUAGAAGCAAAGUUAUGGCACGGUCAUCCCUGGAGAAAAAGGUCCCGCAGCAAUCUUUCUCUACCAAAAAGUCCCUCACUGGUGAUGCGCACAUCCUUCUGCGACGCACAAACCGGGAGCGAGAACACCCACAUUACGCGUCAAAUUGAUCUAAUUGAAUAUUGGGGCAGAAGCGCGUCGAGGACUGGAGGAUAUAUCAGCUCACAGUGUACCGCUACAGAGUCGAGGUGGCUGAUUCGUCGCAUCUGCUUGAAAGAUCCUUUUCUCGUCUCCCCAGCAGUGUUGAGUUGAGCGACGGCCACAAUGCAACAGGCCUGUGAAGUGGAGAUAACAACCAGCUCCCAGCUACACACGGCAUACAAAUAUUCUUGAAACAGUCAUAGUUACACGUGCCCUUCGACCAACCUGAGAAUGACAUUCGGAGAAUAGGACUUCUGAGUUUAUUCUCCACCUCCAGAGGCUUCAGGCAUCCUACCAAAUCAGCAUUAACAGUGACACCAAGGAAGCCAUGAACCUGUUCAGGAAGGAGGCCAUGGUCUCCAAGAAGGAAAAAGAGAUCAAUUAUGAGGAUCCUCCAGACGGAGGUUGGGGCUGGAUGGUGGUGCUGCAUUGCUUUCUGGUCAACGUCUUAGUGAUGGGAACACUAAAGAGUUUCGGCAUCUUCUUUGUGGCAUUCCAAGAUGAGUUUGGAGGCUCGUCAGAAAGCAUCAGCUGGAUCGGUUCCAUCAUGUCCAGUCUGCGUCUGUCUGGAGCACCCAUUGCCUCUGUGGCCUGUGCCAAGCUGGGGACCAGGGUGACCUCCAUUGCCGGUGCGUUGCUGGUUAGUGGAGGCUUCAUCAUCAGUAUUUUCGCCAGCAGUGUGCUGUUCCUCUGCAUCAGCAUGGGGGUGAUAGUUGGAAUGGGGUUUGCACUACUUUACCAAUCCUUCUCAGUCGUCACUGCGCUGUACUUCCGAAAGAGGCUCGCCACGGCGUAUGCGAUCGGGCGUUCUGGGAUGGGUUUGACCUUUGCCCUUGCUCCGUUCACUCAGUUGCUGCUGGAACAGUAUGCUUGGCAAGGUGCAAUGCUGAUUCUUGGCGGCCUCAUGCUGAAUCUGGUGGCCACUGGGAUGCUCCUGCGACCAAUUUAUUUGAAGCCCACUGUUUUAAACCCUACCUCUUCUCCUAUUCAAAAGAGCCCAGCCUUAUCCAUUAAAAGCUCUUCAGAGAAGGAAUACACGAAGAGCUGCUUGAAUGGCUCCUCUCACUUAUCCAAUGGCAUCUCCAAAGCAGACUCAUUCCCAUCCCCUCCUUCUCCUCCUCCUCAAGGGGACACUGAGAACCCGGAGGGCCAAUGUACUCAGGGAUCCCAGGAUCAGUCCGUGAACCCUGAACUGACCAGACUGGUCCUCAAUGGUGUGAAUGGCCACAAGCCCCACCAUGACUUGGGUCAGUGUAAGCCCAAAGCUCCAGACAGCUCAUCGGAGCUCAAUGGCAGCAUGAAUGGGUCCACAAGUGUUGCUCACUCGCAUGCCGGUCCUCCGAGUGAGGUGGCCGUCAUAACAAACAAGGUAUUGGAUUUCUCCCUGCUAAAGGACCCGUUCUUUUGUAUCUACACUUGGUCCUUGGUUUUCAGCCAGCUGGCCUACUUCAUCCCCUAUUUCCACCUGACUGCUCGAGCCAGAACCCUGGGCAUCGAUGCCAUGGACGCUUCCUUCAUCAUCUCUGUGGCAGGUAUCACAGAGACCAUCGCCCAGCUGGCCUCGGGCUGGGUGACCGACCGGAACCUCUUCCAUAAGUACCACUACCACAAGGCCUACCUGAUCCUCUGCGGCCUGGUCAACCUGCUCGCCCCACUGGCGACCUCUUACAUCCUGCUGAUGAUUUACGCUAUCUUCUUUGCCAUCUUCUGUGGUGGAUACAUGGCUCUGCUCCUGCCCGUUCUAGUUGAUCUCGUGGGGUCAGAGAAACUCAACAACUCCAUGGGCUUCUCCAUGUUCUUUGUCGGCCUGGGUUGCCUGACAGGACCUCCUUUGGCAGGCUUCCUGUACGACUACACUCAGACUUACGACUGCUCCUUCUACUUGGCCGGGCUCUGCUAUCUGCUUUCUUCUCUCUCUCUGUUCCUGGAGCCGGUGGCUCAGCGCUGGAAGGCAAGGAACCAAGUGACCCGGACCACGAGAGCAGAAAGCAGCUGUAAGACCAACGGCUGCUUCACCCCCGACCGCCUCCAGAACGGCGCUGUGUAGGAAUGAAACUCGGGGAAGGCCUUCGAUCUUGAACCAGCAUGCUCACAACUUGCCAUGGGCCUGCAUACCUUGGACCUUGGACUCCUGCUUUAAGUUGGGACCUAAGUGACCCUUAUUUUCAGCAGGAGCGACUCAUUGGCCGGGGAGACCACAGUUAACAUGUCUAAUACGGGACGAUGGCGAAUAGAUGAUUAGAUUGAACCUUUAAAGAGCCAACGUUUUAGUGUUCUGUGAAAUAUUUUUACUCCCUUUUGUUGUUCCUAUCAGAAGGUACAUGCAACCAAACUGAAACAUACAUCCUCCAGCAUAUUGUAAUACUACUUGUUAAAACACAAUCUAAAUCUGUUUCCCCAUGUGACAACAAAGCUGCAUUCCCUUUGCAGCAUCUUUUCAUUGCAAAUAAUAUGUCUGGAAACAAAGCUACGCAGAAGAGCUCGACAUCCUGUGAUCAGAACUCUUCUUGUUCAUGUGACGGCAUCGAUGGACGCUCAUAUCCAUGAGGAAAUACUUCUCACUCGAUUUCUGUGGAAGCGUCUGUAAACCUGUACUCACUGGUGUGCACUUUGGGCCAAGUUGUGAUUAUGCUGCAUGACAUUUCCUCUGACCUUUUAAAUGCCUGAUAAUUAGGAUACUGAGCAACCACUUUGAAUGAAAAUGUGGCACCUUUUAUGCGGAGCGGAUAUCCAAUUAGGUCAAUGAAGACAAUUGAGGCGAUAUAUUCCUCAGUCACACCUAUAUUGAAAGAGAACUGUGCCUAUAUGUAAUAAUAAUACAUCAAAUUUCUAUCGCGCUUUUCAUAAUACUCAAAGACGCUGUACCAGGAUGCAUUGCACGUGAGCUUGUGACACCCGGAGGGCCCCUGCUGGCCAUAUCCUCAUUUACUCUGCUGUUUACUAUGGCUCGUAUAAAUAGGGCUAGAUAUCAGUCUGCCAAAUUACUGCUAAAUGUGUCCUCGUCCAAAACAUCCACUGCACUUGUAUUUUGGAAAUGUAGCUAGUUUAGAAUACAAGCGAAAAGCAAAAGGAAGUUUGGUUUGAGCAGCAUCGAAUGCCCUCAGGCAAUCCUUGCCUCGAAUUACAUCACAGGACGGCACUGGACACACGAACAGCAAAACACAUUUUGCAGCUGCAAACUCAGCUUUCUGGCUCAAUUUAGCACACCGAGGAAUUUAUUGCUUCAAACAACGACAUUUACACUGAUCCACAUAAAAGGUGGCAAAUGUCCCCUCCAAUUGCAACCUGCUUUUCAAAGCCAAAAAGCAGCUACUGCUUCAGCAUUAUAUUCACUUGCCCCAACUAGAUUAUUGUAUUCACAGGAAUAGAUUGUAUGGCAUGUGCUAUAAGCAUUAAGAGCCUUUAUUUCUGAUAUAUGACGGCCGCUUUUUACUUCUUCACCAUACUUAAACGAUCAAACUUCACAAAGUUAAGCUCAUGUGAGGCGCUGUUUGGAUAAUUUCCCCAGAGAUUAUAAUGGACAGAACAUUUUAUUUUCCUAUUAAACUCCUUCAUUAAAUUGUUUUGGGUUUAAUGCCUUCAUCUACUUCCAUUUAAAUUUCAUAACAUCACUUCAGUUGUUUCAUACCUCUCGUGGUUUUUCUGGAAUUGCAGUUGAUGUUUAAAACUUCUUCUCAUAACUUUUCAGGAGUUAUGAUGUGUGUGUAUUCUGCAGCGAACACUGACUUGUGGGAGAGGAGCGUUUAGGGUUGAACUGAAGCCCAGCUGCCUCGGACACUUUCACUCACCUCGGCUCCUAGCAAUGCUUACAAGUCAAAUAAUAAGUAUUUAAGGACUCAACUGACACGUCAUCUUCUUAAAUCACGUUGUAACACACUUGAACCUACUUGCAGUGUUUGCACCUGCAGUUUUGAAUGCAAGUGGGUAAACUUUGUUAUUUUUAAUCCUACUAACUACAAAAUGCCUCCCUCUUUUUAUGGUUCAGUCUCGACUCAUUUAAAAAAAACUUGACAUUCACGUUGCGUUUGACUUGCGCUGGCAAGCGUGCAGAUUACGAGACGUCUGACGGCUCAUUGCGAGCUGUUCUAUGCAAAUUGACCCAAAUACCCCUAUAAGAAGAAGUCUGUUUGGUCGAGAUUUAAGUAUGAUUCCUGAAUAUAUUGAUCACAGUUGGACUGCUGACGAGCUCCGCUGAAUAGCAGGUUUUCUGUGAGAUUAAGUGUAACUUGUUCUUUAAAUGUCUGUUAAUCUCUGACUCACUGUUUUCUUGCUGUUGCCAAAUUUAACUGGGCUGGUCGGGAACUGUUGCCCCUCCUUUACAGUGCCGGCAGGCAAUUAAUGUCAAUGCAAUUUAAAAAUGAUAUUGUGUUUAUGUUUGGGAGCAUGAUGGUUGUUCAAUCUUUUUUCUAAUGUCGUAGAGGUUUUUUUUGUGUUUUCAGUGAAUGACUUGUUUUUCACCACUGUUUGCCUUUCAAGGUACUGUAUUGUAUCUUUACUAACGUUCCUGUCAUGUCAGCCAAAGACACAUUAGAAACCUACAACUUGAAGCUUAUUAGUAAAAUAAUAGUUUGGACUGUCUAUAUAAUUGAAACCACGAUGAUCAGCCAUUAUUAUGUCAUUUCAAAGUCUUCACUGAGGACCAGAAUCCAGUGAUAGACACAUAGACAUGUGUUUAGUCCCACGCUGCCCUCUCGUGGCAGAGCAUCGCCUCUACACAAAGAAUGCUGCCUCAAUUAGUACCAAAUUAUUCCCCCUCAUCUCACUUUCACAAUACUGAGCAAGGCUCUUUGUUUUGUUUCAAUAACGACAGUCAUGCACAAAAGCUCCUUUGGCUCACAAGUUUCAUUCACCGCCAGUUUGCUUUUGUGAUUGAGGACCACUGAAUAUUUUGUACCAUAAUAAAUCUUUCAUGAAAUGUAUGCUUUAAAGUAGAUUUUGGUUUGGGAUCUGGAUAUUUUAAGAAAUUGGAUGCUUGAGCGAUAUCUUGAAAUAAUUUGUACGCCCCUUUGGAAACCGAGUUCUGUUUGAUUUGACGUUUUCUUUGCAGGAAAUGCAUUUAUGGGUAAAGCACUGUUUUGUCACUACUUUGGCUCCGGGAUUUCUCAACUGAUAGUUUAGAAAAUAUGCUUAACCAAUCAUAGAUAUCCACGUUCUUCCUUCAAGGUCCCUUUGUGAGCCUUGUAACAGGCUGAAAUAAACUGGCAUGUGACUCAAGUCUGCUCUUGUUUGAUUUAGACAAUAAAUCAGCUGAUACCACA